CUGAGCCCGGAGUUGGGCGGGGAGAGCUCGGAGAGCGCCUGCGCAUUGGGUGCUCUCGCCAAAGGAGCCGCAGUCUCGAGAGCGCCAAGGAGGUUUUCGACGAGUCUCUGACCAGCCUCUCCCGCGAACCCGGGGUUGCUGGGUUGCACCCCGUCGGGGCGUCCGCCGGGCACGGGAGGGGGCCACCAUGCCGAUCAAUAAAUCAGAGAAGCCAGAAAGCUGCGAUAAUGUGAAGGUGGUUGUUAGGUGCCGGCCCCUCAAUGAGAGAGAGAAGUCAAUGUGCUACAGGCAGGCGGUCAGCGUGGAGGAGAUGCGGGGAACCAUCACUGUACACAAGGCUGAUUCUUCCAAUGAGCCUCCAAAGACAUUUACUUUUGAUACUGUUUUUGGACCAGAGAGUAAACAACUCGACGUUUAUAACUUAACUGCAAGACCUAUUAUUGACUCUGUUUUAGAAGGCUACAAUGGGACUAUAUUUGCAUACGGUCAAACUGGAACAGGCAAAACUUUUACCAUGGAAGGUGUUCGAGCUGUUCCUGAACUUAGAGGAAUUAUUCCCAAUUCAUUUGCACACAUAUUUGGUCAUAUUGCAAAAGCAGAAGGUGAUACAAGAUUUUUGGUUCGAGUGUCAUAUUUGGAAAUAUAUAAUGAAGAAGUUCGUGACCUUCUGGGCAAGGACCAGACACAGAGGUUAGAGGUUAAAGAAAGACCUGAUGUAGGAGUUUAUAUCAAAGAUUUAUCAGCUUAUGUGGUAAAUAAUGCUGAUGAUAUGGAUAGAAUUAUGACACUAGGCCACAAAAAUCGUUCUGUCGGUGCAACCAACAUGAACGAACACAGCUCCCGCUCCCACGCCAUCUUCACAAUCACCAUUGAGUGCAGCGAGAAGGGCGUGGAUGGGAACAUGCACGUCAGGAUGGGGAAGCUGCACCUGGUGGAUCUUGCUGGCUCAGAAAGACAAGCAAAAACUGGAGCUACAGGACAGCGUUUAAAGGAAGCUACAAAAAUCAAUCUUUCCCUUUCCACCCUUGGUAAUGUAAUUUCUGCCUUGGUUGAUGGAAAAAGCACUCAUGUGCCUUAUCGUAACUCCAAGUUGACUCGUCUUCUUCAGGAUUCUUUAGGAGGAAACUCAAAAACCAUGAUGUGUGCAAAUAUUGGGCCAGCAGAUUAUAAUUAUGAUGAAACCAUCAGUACAUUACGGUAUGCCAAUCGUGCUAAGAAUAUUAAAAAUAAAGCUAGAAUUAAUGAAGAUCCAAAGGAUGCUCUUCUUCGUCAAUUUCAGAAAGAAAUAGAAGAAUUGAAGAAAAAGCUUGAAGAAGGGGAAGAAAUAUCAGGCUCUGAUAUCAGUGGGUCGGAGGAAGAUGACGAUGAAGAGGGUGAGGUUGGAGAAGAUGGAGAGAAAAGGAAAAAGAGAAGGGGCAGUAGCAGCAGCAGUAGUUCAGACUCCACCUGUUCUGUCAUAGAGAAACCUCUGGAUAAGCUCUUGCCUAAUCAAGCAGGUAAAAAGAAAGUUUCUCCAGAUAAGAUGGUUGAAAUGCAAGCAAAAAUUGAUGAGGAGAGAAAAGCACUUGAAACAAAGCUUGAUAUGGAAGAAGAAGAAAGAAACAAGGCUAGAGCUGAAUUAGAGAAACGGGAAAAAGAUCUUUUAAAAGCCCAACAAGAGCAUCAGUCUUUGCUGGAAAAAUUGUCUGCUCUGGAGAAGAAGGUAAUUGUUGGUGGUGUUGAUUUGCUGGCCAAAGCUGAGGAACAAGAGAAACUUCUUGAAGAAUCUAAUAUGGAACUAGAAGAAAGGAGAAAAAGAGCUGAGCAACUUCGCAGAGAACUUGAGGAAAAAGAGCAAGAACGCUUGGAUAUUGAAGAAAAAUAUACCAGUUUACAAGAGGAAGCCCAAGGAAAGACCAAGAAACUAAAAAAGGUUUGGACUAUGUUGAUGGCUGCAAAGUCAGAGACGGCCGAUCUCCAACAAGAGCAUCAGAGGGAAAUUGAAGGCCUAUUGGAGAACAUUCGGCAGCUUAGCCGGGAACUUCGACUUCAGAUGCUUAUUAUAGAUAACUUUAUACCUCAGGAUUAUCAGGAGAUGAUUGAAAACUAUGUGCACUGGAAUGAAGACAUAGGAGAAUGGCAGCUAAAAUGUGUUGCCUACACAGGAAAUAACAUGAGGAAGCAAACCCCAGUACCUGAUAAAAAGGAGAAAGAUCCCUCUGAAGUAGACCUUUCCCAUGUGUAUCUCGCCUACACCGAGGAGAGUCUGCGCCAGUCUUUGAUGAAAUUGGAAAGGCCUCGGACUUCAAAGGGGAAAGCGAGGCCAAAGACGGGGAGAAGAAAGCGUUCAGCAAAGCCUGAGACCAUAAUUGAUUCCUUACUUCAGUGAAUGUUACAAACAUAAAGUCACAAUAAAAGUUGGUGGUGUUCUUAUGCCUGGACAAAAUCUUCAAUUAAAACGCCGAAGACUUCUGUGUAAUUUCAAAUAAUGGAAGCUAUAAAUCAUGGAGUAAGACUGGAAAUAAUAAUUUGCCUAAUAACUUUUAGACUGUACAUGUUAAGAUAAUAUAGCACGUUAAAAUUGUGCAGCUGUGAUUGUUCAGAUGUCAUACCGCUCUCCAGCUGUGCUGUGCUGGAAAGUGGGGAGAGCAUUCAUGUGUAAGGGGUAUGCAUCAGUCUGUUGGCCAUUUACCCAGCUACUGUAUAUUUAGAUAAUCCGAAUUUCAAAAAAGAAAAAAAGUCUGUCCUGUUUUGCACAUAGAGAGUAGCAGAUUGAAUUGUCCUGUGAUGCACUGUUAAAUGUGACUGUGUGGGCUGCACAUCUAAGAAACGAUUCUGUCCUAACACCAGCCCAGCUGCCCUGUUUAAGUAUGUUCUACUUUGUAUAAUAACAUUAGUGGCAUUUUAAGUACGAGAUGACUGACCUUACUGAAUUUCUGUAGAAAAUUUUAUAAUUUAACAGUCUUUGCAAGUAUGCUUUUUUUUUUUUGGUACCGGGGAUCAAACUUAGGACCUUGCGCUUUCGAGACAGGCAUGGCACCACUGAGCUAAAUCCCCGGCCCCGCAAGUAUGCAUUUUUAAAACAAAAGUUGAAAAUGUGUUUCACCUAGAUCUCUUCUUUUUUGUCACUUUGAGUUCAGAUUAAAUACACAUAUUUUUGUUUUUCUGGCUUCAUGUUCUCUUGAAACAUUGAAUUGUAAACAUGUGAAGGAGACACAGUUGCACAAAAUUGAGAAACUACAUGUUGGUCACUUAUCUUUGACUAUACAUUUUUUUUUCCUUUUUUUUUGGUACCGGGGAUUGAACUUGGGUCCUUGUGCUUGCGAGGCAGGUGGCAGAACCACUGAGCUAAAUCCCCGGCCCAAUACGUAUAUUUUUUAAAAUUCACUUUGAAGUAUGACUUAGGGACCUUUUCCUUUGUCCAAGUUUUAAAUUUUGGGAGUCUCCCAAUUGACCAGGGUCUCCAUUUUCAAAAGAAUGCAACCAAGCAAAAACAGAAACAGAAAACUUUUAAUCUUUUGCCUUUAAAACACUUUGUUUUCAUAUUUUAUAAACAAAAUGUUCUUCCCUAAAUUUCUUCUGUUGAGUAAUCUGGUCAGGCCGUAUUCCUCCCGGAACUGGGGCCGAGGGUGUGGCUCUGUGGUGCUAGUGCUUGUCCAGCACACGUGGGACCCCGGGCUCAAUCCCAGGGCUCCCCCCACAAAGCUCCUCUCAAAAUAAAAACUGUAUUCGUUUCUUUCUUUUUUUUGGUACCGGGGAUCAAACUCGGAUCCUUGCACUUGUGCAGCAGGCGGCAAAACCACUGAGCUAAAUCCCCGGCCCUUGUAUUCAUUUCUUAAAGUAUAAUAAGUUGUAAUAGAGUCAUUGGUUCUUUUGUUGGCUACUUUAUAAAAUUUUUAGUUUUUGAAAGUUAUGCUACUCUUAAACCACUUAGGAUUAUGUUUUGUGUGUUUCAAAGUUAUGUAAUCAGUCCUAAAACACAUUAAUUCUAAAGGUCUUGAGACCUCCCAAGGUAGGGUUUAUUGAAUUAAUAUUCUGACAAGCUUGGUGAAUUGUUGGUUUGCAGCACUGCAGGUGAGUAGAGGUGGGCUACUGGGGAGGUGGUAGUAAAAUGUGUCUGCGAAUUUAAAGUGCUUCCCAGAGUGGAGCGCAGCGUGUCCUGUGUGUGGUGGGUACUUAGAAUUGAGUUUCACCAGCAGCUUUUCUUCCUGUUGUGUGAAAUAGUUAGAAAUCUGUAACUUUCCUCUAGUACUGUGAAGACUCGGCUGAAUAUAUGUCUUGAAAGGCUUAUGUGAGCAGACCGUCUUGGUAACUGUAAAACAUUUUCAGUGAUGCACAUUUAGCUCUGUUAGUAAUUACUCUUGAGAAAUCUUAAUUUUAGCAGUGGGAAAAAAGGUCAAUGCCUUCUCUUUUUAAAAGUCCGUGUUUCUAGCCUUUAACAGUUCAGUUCAUAGGGAAGAGUAACUUUUUAACUGAGCUUUGAAGACACUGUAGGUAUUUUUUCCUUUUCCCUGUUCUCCAGCACUGGGGAUGGAAACUAGAGCCUCAUGCAUGCUCUGCCCCUGAGCUGCAUCCCCAGCCCUUUAUUUAAUUUACUUAUUUAUUUUUAAUUUGAGACAGGGUCUCACUAAGUUGCCCAGGCUGGCCUUGAACUUGUGAUCUUCCUCCUCCAACCUCCUGAGUAGCUGACAUUACAGCCAUGUGCUCCCAUGCCUGAUUAAAGCACGAUAGAAAUGUAAGCCAGUACCCCACUACCAUAACAAAAAGAGCUCUAUCAGAGGUUGACAUAUGAGUGAGAAAUUCUCAAAGCAGCCUUCUUUAGCAAAAUUUUUAAAAAGCUUUUAUGUUAGAAGUCAUUAUACCAGAUGGACAUUAAAUAUUCAUUUCAUGAAAUAGCCAAAGUAGACACCCAAGCCAGGCCUGGAUACCCAUUUGAUGCUAUGGGAUAUGGACUUUAGGACUUCAUUCAUUUGGCUCCAGUGAGAGCGCUCUGUGGUUUCUUCACAUUUACUGUAUGUCUGUAGCCACAAAUGAAAUAUUUUAUAACUUCAGUGUUAAAUUUCCUGAAAGAUAAACAGACUUGCUCAUUAUUUGAAAUCAAUGUGCAGAUUUAAAAUCAGUGGCACAUCUAUAUAAAUAGGUUACUGGAUGAGUAUUGUUUUAAUUUAAAAAGUAGUAUUUAUUUAUUGAAAGGAGCCUUGAUGUAGUAUGUUCUUUAAGAAAGCCUGUAAUUAUGUAGGAAUAAUUAGGAUAUUAAAAAUAAUAAUAUUCCCCAUUUUUGUCAAAGUAGGUGGGAAUUUCCACGUCUACAUGUACAGUAGAAUCUCUUUGACAAACCGUCUCAUUUACUUUCCAGAAAAGGGGGAAAGGGGACAACAAGAAAUUUAAGGUUGCUUUGGAAGAAGGAGGUGGUACUGCUUCAUCUAUAGCAUGUUUUAAAAAAUUGUGAUUAUGGUUUGGGGUUGUCUUUUGUUUCCUUUUAGUCUUUCUUAAUCUCUUACCCCUUAUCUCUUAUGGAAAGUCCCUCUCUUUCCUCCAGGGCUGUGAAUUAAGGAAUGGGUAGAGUUUACAUUUAAGCACACUCGUGUCUACCCAGUUUCUUAAUCAUACAUUUGUUUUCCUUUUUAAUUAUUCUUUGUUCUUAAAAUACUAGAAGAAAACAUCUAGUGCCUUUGAACUCAUACUGUAGUCCUGGUUUAAAUCAUGAAUAACUUCAGUGGAACUGCUAUGCUACUGUGCACUGGCCAAAAUUGCAAAUCGUACAGUGAGUUGUUUCAUUUAAUUCAAAAGCCACACUUCGAUUGUGCUUCAUGUAUAAAUUGUAUGUGUUUAAGUUGGGUAUAUCAGUACUGUAUGUAUACACGUGGCAUGGUUAAAUAUGAAAUAAAACCCUUUUGCCUAGCG